CACAAGUCAACAGUCCUUCCUUCAAGUGAACGUCGUCAAGACUCACCCUCCUUCAUUCUUACACGAGGCUAGCCCUUGUUUUCUUCUUUUACAUUUCUCGACUUACGCCGGCCCGGUUGCCUGCUAUUUAAGGAAUCUGUGAUAUCCUGUGUGACUGCAACGAGCCUCUUACCGUCUUCUCGCAGCUUUCACUAUUCUAUAUCGCCAUCCAAUCUUUUUGAACAUUCUCUCUUUCCGUCUUGACGACUAUUCAUACCACAGCAUUCUGAAACUUUUUCGUCCGGUACGAUUUGGACUCUGGUAUCACUCUACUUCAAAAUGCUCUCCAAGCUUUUCGCCGUCAUUCUCCUGGCUACGGCCGCCAGUGCCCACAUGAAGAUUACCAGCCCUAUCCCAUAUGGCGCUUCAAGUCUGAACAACUCCCCUCUCUUUGGCAACGCUUCAGAUUUCCCUUGCAAGCAGCGAGACGGCGUAUAUGACCUUGAGGGAGCAAGCAAUGUGUAUGCCCAAGGCAGCACCCAAAAACUCGCUUUUCUCGGAUCCACUGUUCACGGUGGCGGCUCAUGCCAAGUUUCCGUUACUACUGAUGCGCAGCCUGAUAAAAACUCAGUCUGGAAAGUUAUCAAGUCCAUCGAGGGUGGCUGCCCUGCCAAAGGUCAAAUAGGCAAUAUGGGUGAAGACGCCAGCGCUAUAGACCCUUUCACAUAUGACUUCACUAUUCCCAAGGAAUUGGAAUCCGGCAACUACACUCUGGCCUGGACUUGGUUCAACAAGGUUGGUGGCGUCCGUGAGAUGUACAUGAACUGUGCCCCUGUGACAGUCACUGGAUCAGGAGGCUCGAAAGACUUCAUGAAUACUCUUCCGGAUAUGUUCGUAGCCAACAUUGACGGUCAUGGCUGCGCAACUCCAGAUGACAAAGAUGUUCUGUUCCCCGACCCUGGAAAUGAUGUUGACAAAUUCAACGGCGCUACUGAAGCCUUCGCUCCUGCAAUUUGUACGGGCACCUCCACCGGCGUCGCCAGCGCAGCUCCUACCAACGGCGGAUCUGGAUCAGCUCCCACCGGUUCUCCUGCCCAGCCUACUCAAGCCAGUGUUCCCGGCGGCGUCUUUAUCACUAAGCCACCAGCUUCUCAGCCCGCUGCUACCCAGCCCGCUGUUUCUAAGCCCGUUGCCUCUCAACCCGCCGCUUCCCAGCCUGCCGUUUCCCAGCCUGUUGUCACCUCUGCUCCUGUAGCGAGCCCCCCUGCUGCUACCUCUGCUGCCGCCCCUCCACCGGCUCCCAGCUCCGGCUCCAACGCCAGCUCAGGAUCAAGCCCCAGCGGUGGUUUCGCAGCUGGCACAGCUUGCUCUUCUGAAGGCCAAUGGAACUGUAUUGGCGGAACUCACUUCCAGAGAUGCGCCAGCGGUAGUUGGUCUGCUCCCCAGGCUGUUGCUGGAGGCACUUCAUGCCAGUCUGGCCAGGCUGAGAACCUCAAAAUGGUUGCCAAGAGGGGCAUGAAAUCUAUGCGCCACGCCGUUCGCAUGCGGGCUUAAGCCAUCAUAAGCAUUACAUUUUAGGCUUGUAUAUUUAACUUGUUACGGUCUUUUGUUUUGGAGGAUUUGGGAUAGAUUUGUGUUGGACAUUUGACCAUUCCCUUGAUGGGAGGAUUGACAUUCUUUGAUGUAUAUACUUUUGGACUUAUACUGCUCUCUCUUUUCGCUGUAUCAUCACCGAGGUUUUAGAUUAACACGAGAAAAUACAUUUAGACACAAACACACUUGUACUUUUAUCAUGAAAACGCU